GACUGAGGUACUGCUGCAUACUACCGGUAGUACUGUACGGUACGUAUCACAGAACAGACCGGUAGUGCACACUGGUAUUCAAGCAACCAGGACAGCUUCGGGUCUGGAUUCAGAGGCGGACAUGGAGCUGCCACUAUCGAGAAGCUGGCAGUGGUGGCUCGGGCAGUGUUAUUAGUUGUUAGUUAGUUGUCUACAAGCAAUCGGCAGAGUCCCGUGGUCUGCCCUUGAUGUUACCAAGACCGUGAUCUGCCCUUGCACAAUCAACGACAGAAAUUGCAAGUAACAGGUACACCUCCAUAGAUAAUUGAUACAAAACAAUAGCGGUACCAUGAGCACUCUGUUACUCCGCGACGAUCCCAACGGCGAUAUUGAAUUCAACAAGGACGGCACUACUUUGACGAAAGAACAGCGCGCGGCACGAGCCAAGCGCAAGGGUACAUGUUGGCGUUGCAACAUCAAGACCCAUAAAGUCAAUGUGGUCGGCAAACGCAUUCCACUGACCGACCCUGAUGUUUAUGAAGGACACUGCAUUCGCUGUGACCCGGAUGACGUCCCGUACGAUGUUUGUGUCGAAUGGGAGCAGAACAAUCCCGACAAGGCGGGCUUGGCUCGACGAACUAGUCUCCAUCCACAGCGAGGAGCCCAUCGAGAAUCCAUAAAACAAGUGCCAGGAUUACAGCAUGCGGACAGUACUACUACGAAUACGCCUCCAGCAUCGCUUCGAAAGAGACUGGAAGAGGGCGAAAAGGCAUACCCCGAAGGACAUUGUCUUACUUGUGGCACCCAGACGCAUGAACGAAAAAAGAGCCGUCGAACGUCCUUUCUCAAGGGCGCCAUUAAAAAGAAGGACAAGGAGGAUUCCGUCACUCUCGUCCCAUUGACUGUGGACGGUGCUGUCUGCGAAGGAAAGUGUCUUCGCUGUCAUCCUUUGUUGAAGGACAGUGGAAACAAGGCCAGCCCAGAGGCAGAAUCGGCCAGUGGACCUCAGCCCAAGGAAGCGCCAGCUACAAACGAAGAGGAACAUGACAAAUCAGAACAAGCCAACGAAACGGACGAACAUGCAGCUCCGCCUCAGACUAGUUCCAACAGUUCCACCAACCCGCGAGACCAGCAGCAGGAGAACACCAGCAAGAUCGCGGCAUCAGAGGCAUUCCAGCCUGCAUCGCAAGCCAAUCGAGAGGAUGAGCCACAACCACCUCCAGGAAACCAAACAGAGUCCCGGCCAAUGAACGAACAGCAGCCGGGGCGCCCCACAAGCAACAAUAGCAAACAGCAGCAGCCACCGCGUCGCGUACCUCGCGACCCGGAUGCCCCUAUUUUCGGGGAAACGAAGUCUUCCUCGGAAGAAGUGGGGAACGACAAUGAACAGGAACUCAACGGAAGCAGGCGCGACUGGGAUAUCCAGGAAACUGAUCUCGACGUGCCGUCUGGCCGCAAUGAUCCAAGUCCGGUGGCAGAAAUCACCUUGGGGCCCGCCUUGAAUAAGACGGAUGGCCAACAACAUGACAACAUGGUUGUGGCCACUGCUGUCGUGUUGGUCCCUUCGUCCGAAGAGCAACAGCAGGCGCCGCUAGAGGUUCCGAUAACCAGUGUGCAGACUCGUUCGGAUGACCCCCCCGACGAUGGAGGUGUAGACGCUGGCCCCAAUCAAGCCCAGUGGCCGUUGCCAUGGCCCCUCCAUCGAAAUGAGGAAGAGGGCGACGACAUUGAGGAUGACGACGUUUUCGAUGAACAUGAUGUUCAUCAUCAUCAUGAGGAUGAUGCUUCCCGCCACUCAGAAGUGUCAUCGCUGCAUUUCUCGACGGCAGAAGGGGGGCCCCAGCGCAGUUUCAUUCGGCAAAGGUCCGCCACUUCCUUUGGAUUUCCCGAGGUAGUAAGAGACAGAUCGGAGAGGGACAUGGAGAAUUCCAUGGACAAUAGUAGCCUCCAAAGAAGCGCCGAAAAGCUGGAAACUGCAUCCAAAACGUUAUCGGCGGUGGAAGGGUCGAUGCUCUCCAACAUGUCGGACAGCCAACAGCCAAGCACCUUCAAUGGCAGCAGCCACAACAUGCAAAACAGCCGAAGCGCCGCUUCUUCCUCCAACUCGCUCAUGGCAGAAAUGCUCCAAUGUGGCAACCUGCUGGCGUGGAUGCAGGACAUUGUCGAGGAAGCCCGAAACUCUGCGGAGUUCCGAGCCGAAAUGGCUGAAAAGGGGGGCAUUGUAGCCAUCAUCUCGGCCAUGAAAACCAACAAGACGGAUGGUGACAUUCAACGACAGGGCUGCUUGGCGCUGUACAUGCUGGCCAAAGACCACGGAACCGCGAUUGCCAAACAGGGCGGCGUUUACUGCCUCUUGUCCGCGAUCAAACACCAUGGCGAAAGCGAUCCUCAGGUCCAAGAGUUUGCCACAGGGGCCUUGGUUUAUGUCAUGGUGAGCGACAGUUACAAAGCUGGCGUGGCCCGCAAGGGAGGAAUUGGCUACAUCCUUGCUGGGAUGAGAUCGAACAUCAACUACCUGGCUGCCGAGCGGCAGUCAUGUGCGGCUUUGUUACGGCUGUCCUCCCACAGGGAUGGACUUGAAGCACUAACCAGCCCAAAGUCAAAGAGUGUCCAAACGAUUGUGGAAACCAUGAAGCGGCACUACGACGACCUAUUGUUGCAACAGUAUGCAUGUGGUACAUUGAAGAACAUAUCCAUGAAAGAAACAACGAGAUCAACAGUUGUCAAGGAAGGAGGAGUGAAGUCCAUUGUGACAGCCAUCAACCACCACAUCAGCAGUGAACUAUUGCAGCAACAGGCAUGCUGGGCACUCUUUGAAAUCUCAUCCAGCCAAAAUGUCGCUCCCGAUGGUGCUAUCGGGGCAGCCAUCUCAGCCAUGGAAGCACACAGGCAGAACUCUAAUAUUCAACAGCAUUGCUGUGGUGUCUUGAGGAAUCUGUCGGUGACCAAGCAAAACAUCUAUGCAGUUUCCAAAAUGAAAGGCAUACCAACAGUCUUGGACGCCAUGGAAAUUCACCUUGAAAAUGCUGAGCUGCAACGCUCUGCCUGUGGGGCUCUCAAGCAUUUGUCCAUGAGCAGCACAAACGAGGCAGUCAUUGCCAAGCAAGGCGGCAUUCAGGGUAUCAUCCAAGUCAUGAAAAGGCACAAGCAUGAUGGUACGGUGCAGCGAGAAGCAUGUGGAGCCCUUCGAAACUUGUCCGUCAAAGAUGAGAACAAAAACCUCAUCGCGCAGCAUGGUGGUGUGGUCUGCGUGUUGGUGGCCAUGAAACUCUCCACAAACGACGCCAGUCUCCAGCAAAAGGCACUGGGUACUUUGUUUAAUCUGUCAAGCAACGCAGAACUACGCCGGUCGAUUCAAAGCUACGGUGGUGUGAUCGCUGUCGUUGCCAUCAUGAAGCACCUACCAGGCGAUGCGAAAGUUCAGCAGUGUGCAUGUGGGACGUUGAAGAAUCUGGCCGUCAGCGAGGAACUAAGGAAGCUCAUAGCAGAGAACGGGGGCAUCCCAUGCAUUCUGUCGGCCAUGAAGAAACACAAUGACGCCCAGCUACAGAACUAUGCUUGCGGAGCACUGAAGAACCUUGCAUCCAACGAGGACAAUCGCCAACAGAUCGUAAAGCAGAAAGGAACGAUUGCUGUGAUUUCGGCCAUGAAGAAUCAUGCAGGGGAUGCCUCUGUGCAGCAGGAAGGGUGCACAAUGCUUCUAAGCCUUUCAAAGAACAGUGAAAUUGCGCUGGCGAUUGGGAAGCAAGGAGGAAUCCAUGCCAUCCUCUCUGGUAUGAGGACACACCAAAAGAAUUCAAACGUACAAAGUGUUGCCUGCGCGGCUCUUUGGGGUCUCUCUACUUCUACUGCAAACCAAGCUAUCAUCGACAAACACCUUGGGAUUCAGUUGAUUAUUGCUGGGAUGAAAGGAUGGGUCACGGUUGCCAGCGUGCAGCAGAAGGCAAUGCUGGCUCUCACGAACAUGGCUGCGAGCGAACAAUACCGAACCAUAAUAUCAAAGCAUGGAGGUAUCCCAGCCGCCAUUGGUGCGAUGAAAGGCCAUGUGCGAGAUGCCCAUGUGCAGAAAUAUGGGUGCCGGUUCCUUGUCGCCAUGCUGCAAAACAUCAAAUACAAACCGGAAGUGAGGAAUGGCGCUUCGGCGGUGAGGGUUGCAAUGGAGUAUCAUCCCAGCAACCCCGAUAUCAAAAAGUACGCCCACAAGGUCAUUGCUAUCAUUUCAUUCGACGACGAAACUGGAGUGAGCAGCAGCACACGAUACCGAGAAAUCACCUCGGUGGAGUGUUAGCUAAUGGUACAUUUGUAGCUGUAACAAUAGAUAGAUCCACACUCUGUUUCUCU